AUGUGGAUGAGUGUGAACGGGAGGAUAAUGCAGGUUGUGUGCACGAUUGUGUCAACAUCCCUGGCAAUUACCGAUGCACCUGCUAUGAUGGAUUCCACCUGGCACACGAUGGACACAACUGUCUGGAUGUGGACGAGUGUGCCGAGGGCAACGGUGGCUGUCAGCAGAGCUGUGUCAACAUGAUGGGCAGUUAUGAGUGCCACUGCCGGGAGGGCUUCUUCCUCAGCGACAACCAGCACACCUGCAUCCAGCGGCCGGAAGAAGGAAUGAAUUGCAUGAACAAGAACCAUGGCUGUGCCCACAUUUGCCGGGAGACACCCAAAGGGGGUAUUGCCUGCGAAUGCCGCCCUGGCUUCGAGCUCACCAAGAACCAACGGGACUGUAAAUUGACGUGCAACUAUGGUAAUGGUGGCUGCCAGCACACGUGCGAUGACACAGAGCAGGGUCCCCGGUGCGGCUGCCACGUCAAGUUUGUGCUCCAUACCGACGGGAAGACGUGCAUCGAGACCUGUGCUGUUAACAACGGGGGCUGCGACAGUAAGUGCCACGAUGCAGCGACGGGCGUCCACUGCAGCUGCCCUGUGGGCUUCAUGCUGCAGCCGGACAGGAAGACCUGCAAAGACAUAGAUGAGUGCCGCUUGAACAAUGGGGGCUGUGACCACAUUUGCCGCAACACAGUGGGCAGCUUCGAAUGCAGCUGCAAGAAGGGCUAUAAGCUUCUCAUCAAUGAGAGGAACUGCCAGGAUAUAGACGAGUGUUCCUUUGAUCGAACCUGUGACCACAUAUGUGUCAACACGCCAGGGAGCUUCCAGUGCCUCUGCCAUCACGGCUACCUACUGUAUGGUGUCACCCACUGUGGGGAUGUGGAUGAGUGCAGUAUCAACCGGGGAGGUUGCCGCUUUGGCUGCAUCAACACUCCUGGCAGCUACCAGUGUACCUGCCCAGCAGGCCAGGGCCGGCUGCACUGGAACGGGAAGGAUUGCACAGAGCCAGUAAAGUGUCACAGUAGUCCUGGUGCCUCGAAAGCCAUGAUCAGCUGCAGUCGGUCUGGGAAGAAGGACACCUGUGCCCUGAGCUGCCCCUCCCGGGCCCGGUUUUUGCCAGAGUCUGAGAAUGGCUUCACCGUGAGCUGUGGCAUCCCCAGCCCCAGGGCUGCUCCAGGCCGAGCUGGCCACACUGGGAACAGCACAAACUCCAACCACUGCCAUGAGGCUGCAGUGCUGACGGUUAAACAGCGGGCUUCCUUCAAGAUCAAAGAUGCCAAAUGCCGUUUGCACCUGAGAAACAAAGGCAAAACGGAGGAGGCCAGCAGAAUCCUGGGGCCAGGUGGUGCCCCCUGCUCUGACUGCCAGGUCACCUUCAUCCACCUCAAGUGUGACUCCUCUCGGAAGGGCAAGGGCCGGCGGGCCCGGACCCCUCCAGGCAAGGAAGUCACUCGGCUCACCCUGGAACUGGAGGCAGAAGUCAGAGCUGAAGAAACCACAGCUGGCUGUGGGCUGCCCUGCCUGCGACAGCGGAUGGAACGGCGGCUGAAAGGGUCUCUGAAGAUGCUUAGAAAGUCCAUCAACCAGGACCGCUUCCUACUGCGCCUGGCAGGCCUUGAUUAUGAGCUGGCCCACAAACCAGGCCCAGUAGCUGGGGAGCGAGCGGAACCAGUGGAGGCCUGUAGGCCCGGGCAGCACCGCUCUGGGGCCAAGUGUGUCAGCUGCCCGCAGGGAACGUAUCACCACGGCCAGACGGAGCAGUGUGUACCAUGCCCGGCGGGCACCUUCCAGGAGAGAGAAGGGCAGCUCUCCUGCGACCUUUGCCCUGGGAGUGAUGCCCACGGGCCUCUCGGAGCCACCAACGUCACCACAUGUGCAGGUCAGUGCUCACCUGGCCAACACUCUGUAGAUGGCUUCAAGCCCUGCCAGCCAUGUCCACGUGGCACCUACCAACCUGAAGCGGGACGGACUCUGUGCUUCCCGUGCGGUGGGAGCCUCACCACCAAGCACGAGGGAGCCGCCUCCUUCCAAGACUGUGACACUAAAGUCCAGUGCUCCCCUGGGCACUACUACAACACCAGCAUCCAUCGCUGUAUCCGCUGUGCCAUGGGCUCCUAUCAGCCCGACUUCCGUCAGAACUUCUGCACCCGCUGUCCAGGAAACACAAGCACUGACUUUGAUGGCUCCACCAGUGUGGCCCAGUGCAAGAAUCGCCAGUGUGGUGGGGAGCUGGGUGAGUUCACUGGCUAUAUCGAGUCUCCCAACUACCCAGGCAACUACCCAGCCGGCGUGGAGUGCAUCUGGAACAUCAACCCCCCACCCAAGCGCAAGAUUCUUAUCGUGGUACCCGAGAUCUUCCUGCCAUCUGAGGACGAGUGUGGGGACGUCCUCGUCAUGAGAAAGAACUCCUCCCCAUCCUCCAUUACCACCUAUGAGACCUGCCAGACGUACGAGCGCCCCAUCGCCUUCACAGCCCGCUCCAGGAAGCUCUGGAUCAACUUCAAGACAAGUGAGGCCAACAGCGCCCGUGGCUUCCAGAUUCCCUAUGUUACCUAUGAUGAGGACUAUGAACAGCUGGUAGAAGACAUUGUGCGAGACGGCCGGCUCUAUGCAUCUGAAAACCACCAGGAGAUUUUAAAGGACAAGAAGCUCAUUAAGGCCUUCUUCGAGGUGCUGGCCCACCCCCAGAACUACUUCAAGUACACAGAGAAGCACAAGGAGAUGCUGCCCAAAUCCUUCAUCAAGCUGCUCCGCUCCAAAGUUUCCAGCUUCCUGAGGCCCUAUAAAUAGUGCCGCUAGGCCCGAGACCCAGGUUUUGAAGCCCCCAGACUCUUUAGCCCUCAGAGCCGGCAGCCCCCACCCUCAGAUGAGGGACUCUCUCCGAUCUCUCUUUUUGGAGAAAAAAAAACCUCCAUAUAGACCAAGCACUCUCCCUUUCCAUUCCUCUAGCUUCCUUUCCUUGUCUCUUUCUGCCUCGCUCUUUCUCUUUACUCAUUUCCUAUAUGCUCCCUGGAAAAGCCAUUCAGUGCUGGCUCUGUUCUCCCGAGGGGUGAAGGAACAGUAAGUACCCUGCUCCCCUCCCCAGCCACACUGCCCAUUUUACCAGCUCACGUCCCUGACCCUGUCAGCUUGGAAGGGUGCUAGAGGCCCACGAAGGAAGUGGGUCUAGUGGGGAAUGGGGAGGGGGAAGAGGGGCUUCUGCCAUUAUAGGUUGUGCCUUGCUAGACAGGAGCCAAAAUGUCCCCUGGCUGUGCCCCCCAGGAAUAUUCUAACAGCCCAGGGUUCUGCCAAAGAAGCCUUUGACUUACAGGCUUAAUGCCAGCACUCGUCCUCUGGGACACGUGGUUUGAGCCCUGGACUGCCCACACAGCCAGCUUUCCUGUCUACACAGCUCCUCUCCUUCUUCGCUCACAACUGCCUGGGGUCCGAUUCAUGAGGGCUUACAAAAGGCCCACACCACUGGCUAGUGGACACCAGCUGAAUGAGGAAGAGCAGCAGGAAUUACCAUGUUGAAUAGGCAGGUGGCUGCUGCUCCCCAAGAGAGACUUUAUCUCUGCAGGACAGAAACCAGGUUUUAAAGCAUC